AUUUUGUAGGAUCACUUUUCGGUUUUGCACUUUGCAGACGGUCCCUGCGGACUCUCAGCCGGAUGCGCUUAGAGAUCAAUGUCAUUUGUACAUCUCAGAAGUGGGAGGAGAAACAAGUUUGGCCAGUCGCUGAGUGAAAGGUGAACCCCAUAACAGAACAGAUCAGCAACAUUAGACAAGGAGAAUAAUACGAAAAGAGAGAGAAUCUGCUGGCGGAUCCAAUGUCUCAGGAUGUCUAAGGUGUACAAACAUCCCAAUGAACCCGCGUUAAAGUUGGACAUUCGCUCUCUGUCCACACGCAUACAGGAAAACGCAGAUCAGGUGGAGAAAAGCAUACUACACACUGAAAAUCUGCUGAAGGAGGACACUGGAAAUGAACAAAAAGGCCUGCCAAUGAAACAUCAGGAUCACGCAGCAGAGAUCAUUUCUCAUGUUGAGGUCUUACUGAAGGAUCUCUUCCUGGACGUGCACAGAGUAAAGACACUUCAACAUCCUCAGGCCGAUGAGAUUGAGCUUCAUAUCAAAAAUAUUCAUGAGCGCUGGUAUAAAGACUGUGAGAAAUACAAGGAUCUCUACAAGCAGCCUUAUGAGCAGACUCUGAUGCCCACGCUGGACAGGAGCAAACUGCCGUCUGAAAAACAGAUCCAAGAAGAGAAGUCGGAAUCUGUUCCAGAGCAGCUCCUACAUACCUUGGAUGAUCUGGACCGAGAAAACCUAAAGAGAUUCAGGUGGUAUUUAAAACAAGAUGGAUCAAUUUCAGUCUCCCGUCUUGAGAAUGCAGAUGUCCCUGACAUAGUCGAUAAGAUGUUGGAGUGUUAUGGACAAAACGGAGCUUUGAAUAAAACAUUGGCCAUCCUGAAGAAGAUGAAACAGAACAAUUUGGCCGAACAGUUAGGGAACAACGGGAAGGAAGGCAACUGAUAAAAAAAUAUCAUGUUGAAGUUUUAAUGUAAUGUACAUGCAGAAAUCGUUGUCUUUUUUACUAUAUAAAGAAUCAAAAUCCAGCCUCUAUAUUGUGUGCAAACUUCAAUACUCUACAAACCCCAUGUGUGGGGUCUUCCCUGCCGGUUAAACCAGUCUAAGUAGGUGUAGCUAGUCUUCCCGAUUGGCCAUGCUGGUGUUUUCGCCUUACUGCAAAGGCAAGCAAAUGAGAAAUGAUAUCAGUCAUACUGUACAUAUUUCUUACCGGCCAUGAAAGUGUAUUUUACAUUUCCUGGUUAGUUUGAGUUUAAUGUGAGACCAAAUAUUCUCUGGACUCUGACCAGGCCAAAACAUGAGCCUGAUGGACUUGUUUUCAAGCCACUUCUUGGUGGUCUUUGCUAUCUGUCUUUGAGAACUGUACAUUUCAGCAGGUGGUCACUCCUGCAUGAAGAAGCUUUGGCCUUCCAGAUCCCUUCAAACCCCUGCAUGAUAUUUUGCUUUUUUUAAAGCAGAUUUUCUCACUCCUUUACCUUGGGACUCACAACAUUGCAUAUUGUAGAUAUCUCCCUGCUCUAUCACUCAUGGUUCCAGUUAAGAGCUUGUUAUCAAGCCUUUGAUUAGUAUUUUAAGAAAAAUAAAAGAAACAUCCCAGAAGAUGUUUUCAUAUAUCAAA